GCUACAACGUUGACGCCGCUGCCGACCAACAGGUCCGUUUCGCGUGUUUUCUUACAGUUUUCGUCGAUCCCGCCAGCACGUCCGGUCGUAUUGUUCUCCGCACACGCCGAACGUCGCGGUAUCGUAUACCGAUCGCCUACACUGAUCGCCGGUCGAUUAAUAUCAGCCGUUUAAUUGUAAACCGAUUGUCGUGUCCAUCCGCCGCCGCCGUCGACCAGUGCGACAACGCCAACUCUCCGUAAUAUUAUACAGACCAUCGGAAUAUUAUUAUCGUUUCCUAAUCGCCGCCGUCGACAACGCGCUCGCGAGCUGUCGGCGCCGCUAAGACACCGUCCCGACGGAUCGCUCGUUUUCGCACUGUUUCGCCGCCGCCGUUGUCGAAUCACGUGACAGCGCACACACCUGUAACGCACCGGAAUCCUGGUCGCCGUCCUUUUGCGAACCAUCUUCACUCAACAAUAUUAAUAUUAUUGUCUAUCGCAGCCAUGAGCCUAGCCACGAUGACGAAAAAGCCAGCCGAUGUCAUGUCCUCCGCAAAGGAAUCUGUCGUCCAGGGAAUCGUCCAUCAGGUGAACUCUGGUGAUUGUAUCACUAUCCGCGAAGAAGUGUAUAAUGGUUAUCCAAAAACAAAAACAAUUGUUUUAAACAGCGUCAUUGCUCCCAAAUUUGGCCGUCAUGCAGCAAAAUAUGAUACAGAAACCAAUGGUACUGAUGAUGAGCCAUUUUCAUGGGAAGCUCGUGAGUUCCUUCGUAAAAAGCUUAUUGGAAAAAAGGUAUUUUUGAAAACUGCUGGUCAAAUAUGUGGUGUUGGAAAAAUAACUCGAUACUAUGGUGACAUCUUUUACCCAUCAUUGGAAAACAAUAUUGUAAACGAGCUUGUUGAAAAUGGUCUAGUAACUAUUAAAACUGUGAAGUUAAAUAACCAAACUCCUGAUUAUCAAAACCUAGUUGUCCUUCAGAACAAGGCUAAAGCAGCUAUGGUAGGAAGAUGGAAUCCCAAUGCUAAGAACACUGCAAAGAAAAAUAAUUCCAUUGAUGACGUUGAAUCAUUUUUUAAGAAAAAUUCUAAAACACGUAUUAAGGCUGUGGUUGAAUCUGUUCUUGACGGAAACACGAUGAAGCUGUUGUUGUUGCCUGAAAGAAACAUGAUCCUUCUUUACCUUUCGGGAGUCAGGUGUCCACCAGAAGGUGUAGAAUUGGGAGAUGAAGCAAAGUUCUUUGUUGAAGUUCGUUUACUGCAAAAGGACGUCGAGGUUACUUUGGAAGGAGUGCUUUCUAAUAGGAAAACUCAAUCUUUCUAUGGGACUAUCCAUCAUCCAGCUGGUGAUAUUGCUUUUGAAUUGGUUAAGCAAGGUUUCGCUAUUUGUCCAAAAUUUGGUAUGAAUUACUUACACGAAAGUGCUGAAAAGCUCUGGGCAGCUGAGAGACAAGCCAAGGAAAAUAAAUUGAGGUAUUGGAAAUAUCACACAAACACGGGACAAGAGAUUGCUGAAAGAGAAAUAGUUGGAACCGUAAUUGAAAUUAUAAGAGAAGAAGGUCUGUUAGUUAAGUCUUCCCACAGUAAAAAACUCCAAAAAAUAUACUUUUCUAACAUCAUACCGGCCAGGCUAGGAGUUGAAGUACUAAGAGGUGAAUCAAAUGGCAACGGUCAGCCACCAGCUACACAAGCCUCACGGAAUUUUGGUAAACAUUUUCACGAAAUCCCUUGGGCUUAUGAAGCACGUGAGUUCUUGAGGACACGUUGUAUUGGAAAGAAAGUAAAUGCUUCUGUAGAUUUCGUACAAUCCAAAAUUAAUAAAUUUGAAGAAAAAAUUUGUGCUACAAUUAUAAUUGAUGGAAUAAACCUUGGUGAAGAAUUAGUAAAAGAAGGUUUGGCAACUGUUAUGAACAACCCACGGGAGGAAGAAACAUCCCAGUGCCUUUAUAAAUUGAAGAAGGCAGAAGAAAUCGCAAAACAAUCUCACAAAGGGCUUUACUCAAAAUCCUCUCCCCUUAAACCACAUAUCACUGAUUGUACUAGUGCUGCGGAGUCUGCUCGUGCCAAGGCACUUUUGCCUAGUCUCCAACGUUUUCCGAUGCUUGAAGCUGUGGUUGAAUACGUUGUGAGCGGUUGUAAAAUGCGUCUUCACGUUCGAAAAGAGAAUUCAUUUAUUAACUUCCUUUUGGCAGGUGUUACACGCCCGUUUGAUGAAGGAGCAAUCCAAGGUGAAGCAUCCUUAGCAGCUGAAGUACACAAUCAAAAAACAUUAGCGUUUACGAAAGAAAAGAUAAUGCACCGUGAUGUAGAAAUUUCUGUUGUAUCCUGUAAUAAUAGGGGAAACAUGAUUGGAUGGCUGUUUUUAGAAAAUGUAAAUCUAUCAGUGGAGCUUGUGAAAGAAGGACUGUAUACACUACACAAGUCAGCCGAGCAUUCAGAAUACUUCAAGCUUUUGCAACAAGCAGAAAAAUAUGCAAAGGAUAAAAAAAUAAACUUAUGGAAGAAUUAUAUUGAGGAACCAGUGGAGGCAAACAAUAACAGCCACAAACCUGUUCAUGAAGGUAUGGUAAAGGAACAGAAAACCAACUAUGUUGAAGUGCUUGUAUCAGAGGUCAGUCCUGAGUUGCAUGUCUAUGUACAACCUAUAUCAGAAAGAUCCAAAUUAGAAAUUCUUACUGACAACUUGCAGAAACACUUUGAUUCUAAUCCUCCUAUUUCUGGUUCUUACAGUCCCAAAAAAGGAGAAAUUUGUGCAGCUAAACUUAAAGAAGAUCAACAGUGGUACCGCGCCAAAGUAGAAAAGGUUGCUGGCCCGAGUAUUCAUGUCUUGUAUAUUGAUUAUGGUAACAGGGACAUCGUGAUUGCUCAGGAGUGUGCUAAUUUGCCACCGACUUUUAAAAAUGAUCGACCGUAUGCCAAAGAAUAUGGAUUUGCACUAGUGAAACUACCCAAGUUGCCUGAAUAUCAAGAUGAUUCCAUUGCCAUUGUACGUGAGGAUUUGAUUAACAAGAGAAUCAGCAUCAAUGAAGAGUACACUUACAACAAUCUUACUCACAUUACCGUCAAAGAUGUUGAGAACAAAGAGGAUCUCGUCAAGAAGUUUGUCGAAGAAGGAUUCUUGUUAGUUAAAAAACAUCGUGAAAGAUAUUUGCAAAAAUUGGUGACUGAGUACAUGGAGGCUCAAGAAAAGGCUAAGAAGGGUCGGUUACAUAUGUGGGAGUAUGGUGACAUCACAGAAGAUGACGCUAAAGAAUUUGGUUUUGCUAAAUAAAUGUUCCUUCUGGUUUAAUCAUAAUCAUGUUUAUAUUAAGUAUUGUUAAUUAAUAUUAUU